GUAUAAGCAGUGUUUUGCCAGAGGUGCCUGAAAAGGAGCCAGAAGAAAUAAAACAGCAAGAUGAAGAAGAUGCGUUAAAUGCUGAUGCCCAGAUACAAACCUCCUAUGUUGAAAUUCCAGAGGGAAAUAGGUGGCGAUGGUCACGAAUACAAACUGAAGUCCAGGUGCAGACCUCAAGUAUUGAAUUACCAGAAGAGGAGAUUUCAUUGCCUUUUGAAACAGAGGCCCAGGUACAAACCUCAUACCUGGAAUUAUCUGGAGAGGAGACGUCAUUAUCCUCUCAAACUGAUGUUGAAGUGCAAACAUCUUUUGUUGAAAUACCACCUGAAGGUAAGUGGCGUUGGUCACGGCUGAACACUGAAGCUUACAUGCAAACCUCAAAUCUUGAGCUAUCAGAAGAAGAAAUUGCUUCACAAACAGAGGUGGAAGUACAAACAUCAGCUUUUACAAUACCAAAGGAGGAGACAUUCUACCCCUUAGAAACUGGGACCGAGGUAGAAAUUUCAGAUCUUGAAUGGCCAGAUACAAGGGUGAAGACUUUGUUUCCAUUGUAUGUUGAAGCUGCAGUGCAAACUUUGUAUGUAGAAAUACCAGCAGAGAAUAAGUGGCGUUCAUCACGACUGCAAAUGGAAGCCCAGGUGCAAACCUCAAGUCACGAGUUAUUGAAGAGGCUUUCUUCUGUUUUGAAAACAGAAACCCAGGUGCAAACCUCACAACUUGCAUUAAUAGAAGCAACAGAGCUUCUUUUACCAUCAGAAACUGAUGUCCAAGUGCAAACCUCAAACCUUUCAAUAGCAGAAUCAGAAGAAGAGGCUCAUGUACUUGUGGAAGAGAAGCCUGUCUCUACAGCUCUAGCAGAAGCAGCUGUACAAACAUCAAAUAUAGAAAUACCAGCAGCAACCAAGUGGAGUAUGUCACGACUACAAGCUGAGGCCCCAGUGCAAACUUCAGGCCUUGACUUAUUGGAGAGACUUUCUCCCCUCUCCCAAACGGAGAGCCAAACACAAAGAUUAAACCAGGAGUUACCAAAGAAGCUUUCUUCCCACUUACAAACUGAAGAUCAGGUGCAAAAUUCAAAGCUUGCAUUAACAGGAGCAGAGGAGGAGCCUUUGUUUCUGUCACAAACUGAAGCCCACGUGCAAACCUCCAAUCUUGUAUUAACAAGAGUAGAAGAAGCUCCCCUUCCCUGUUCACAAAUUGAGGCCCAGGUGCAAACAUCCAAGGUUGCAUUUCCAGAAGCAGAGGAGUUUCUCCUUACCCCAUUCCAAACUGGCAAUCAGUUGAAAAUUUUGUACCUUGAUCUACGUGAGGUGGAAGACGGUGCAUCCCCAGCACAAUCAGAAGAGAGACCCAUUUCCUCCAGACUAACUGAGGUUCAGACACAAACCUUAUUUGUUGAAAUACCAGUAGGCAAUAAGUGGCAUUCAUCACAACUGCAAGCUGAUGCCCAGGUGCAAACCUCCAGUCUUGGGUUACCAGAGACAAAAGAGAAGUCUCCUUCCCUGUCACAGACUCAAAUACAAAGGGAAUCCUCCAGGCCAGCAUUACUAGAGGCAAAGAAGGAGUUUUCUUCUCUACCACAAACUGAGGUCCAGGAGCAGACCUCUGAGCUUGGCUUACCAGAGAUGAAAGAGGAGUCUCCUUCCCCCUUGCACACUGAGACCCAAGGCAAAACCUCCUGGCUUGAAAUAACAGAAGAGGAAGAAGUGGCUCUGUCCACCCCCAAGAUUGAAAUGCAAGAAGCCAAGAAGUUGAAUGAAGAGUCAAAGGAGAAGAUGGAGUUGAAAUCACCACCCUCUGUCUUUACUGAGGCCCAUGUGCAGACCUCAUAUGUUGAAAUACCCCUGGGAAAGAAAUGGCGUUCAUCCCGCUUAUGUACUGAAGCCCAGGUACAAACCUCACACCAUGAAAUCCCAAUGGCAAAGGGCAAGACUUUGCCCCCACAAGACACUGAGGUGCUUAAGAAGAUCCCUGAGCGAGCAGUAACAAAAAAGUUGGUAAGAUCCCCGAUGCGAACAACACCAGUGUCUGUGCACUUGCACGUAAAGAUAUCUCCGCAGCGCCGGAAUGGCAAUAAAAAGAACUAGUGAAAAUUUGAUUUUAAACAAAUAAAACUUGGAGAAAUGCCAUUGAGUUAACCUGUGAGAGAUUUUUCUGAAGGUAACAUCUCAGGGCACGCCC